AUGAAAUUGGUAGCUCAGGUGUGGAGGUCGAGCGUUAGGCUGUUGACGACGAACUACGGCGGCGGAAACAAGAGCGGGUUAUGGAGGUGGAGAUCUUUCUCGGGUCAGCCCAAGAGAACGGUGAUGUGGACAUGGGUUUGUGGGUUCAUGCUUUUCACCUUAGGUGUCAUCUCACUCUUCACCGGUCAUGUUGUCUCCCACCUCGAGUGGUAUUCUCAGCAACUAAGCAAAAAGAGCUUACUGGAUGUGAGUCGUAGGGAGCCGAUUAAUGUAUGGAAGUCGAAAUAUUCGAAGUUCUUUUAUGGAUGCAGUGAAAGAAGAAGGAACUUCCCACCUGCUGUCCAGGAGCAUUCGUCUAAUGGUUAUUUGCUGAUUGCGGCUAGUGGAGGUCUGAACCAGCAAAGAACAGGAAUAACAGAUGCAGUAGUUGUUGCACGGAUUCUGAAUGCUACUUUAGUUGUACCUGAGUUGGAUCACCAUUCUUAUUGGAAAGACGACAGUGACUUUAAUGACCUUUUUGACGUGAACUGGUUCAUCUCUUCCCUUACAAAAGAUGUGACCAUAGUAAAGAGAGUUCCUGACAGAGUCAUGCGGUCCAUGGAAAAGCCUCCUUAUACCAUGCGUGUUCCUCGAAAAUCUACUCCCGAGUAUUAUCUCGACCAAGUACUGCCAAUUCUCUCCAGGAGACAUGUUUUGCAAUUGACAAAGUUUGACUACAGACUAGCAAAUGAUCUGGACGAAGACAUGCAAAAGCUGCGGUGCAGGGUCAACUAUGAUUCUUUAAGAUUCACAAAGCGCAUACAAUCAGUUGGAAUGAAAGUGGUCAAGAGGAUGAGAAAGAUGGCCAAACCCUUUCCUUCAUGUGAUUUAAGCAUGACGUCUACAUCUUCAUGUUAUGUACAUAACCAUACAUACGUAAAAUACAGGUUUGAACCAGACAUGCUAGCCUUUUCUGGUUGUGACUUUGGCGGAGGUGGAAAAGAGCGAGCUGAGCUGGCAAAAAUAAGAAAACGAUGGGACACUUUGCCUGAUCUGGACCCUCUGGAGGAAAGAAAGCGUGGGAAAUGCCCUCUUACCCCUCAUGAAGUGGGCUUAAUGCUGCGAGCUCUUGGUUUUGCUAAUAGCACAUACAUCUAUGUUGCGUCUGGAGAAAUAUAUGGUGGUGAAAAGACUCUGAGACCACUCAGAGAGCUGUUUCCGAACUUUUACACCAAGGAAAUGUUUGCCAGUGAUGAGCUCAAGCCUUUGCUUCCUUUUUCUUCACGCCUUGCCGCCAUUGACUACAUAGUCAGCGACGAAAGUGACGUCUUUAUCACUAAUAAUAAUGGAAAUAUGGCCAAGAUUCUUGCAGGCCGAAGGAGGUACAUGGGGCAUAAGAGGACCAUAAGGCCAAAUGCAAAGAAGCUCAGUGCGUUGUUCAUGGGGCGAGAAAAGAUGGAGUGGCACACUUUCGCCAAGAAAGUGAAAUCUUGUCAGCGAGGAUUCAUGGGUGAUCCGGAUGAGUUCAAGCCAGGACGCGGUGAGUUCCACGAGUACCCGCAAGCUUGCAUUUGUCAGAGACCCUUCUCUUAUGACAAAACCUUAACGGAUGAUGAAGAAGAAGACACACAAGAAGAGGUCCACAACAACACCAGACCUGCACAUGGUCAUUUGUCUUCUGCAGACAUUGAGCACGACGAAGUUUUCCCUGAUUAGUAAUUGGGUUUGUUGCAUCAUUAGUGCAAGGUCGCUGGAUUUUACUCUAACCAGGUAGGUUAUAGUCCAAACUUUGAAGGAGAAUGAUACAUACAAUAGUACAUGAUUUAGUAAGAAGUGCUAAUGUUGUUUCAGCUGUUGUAAGGAGAUUGAUCAACAACAUAUGUAGAUGAGAGAGAUAUAGGAACUUCCCA